CGCGCUGCCCGGGCGGGCGCCGGCCGCUGGCGCCGCUACUGCUGCCGCCCCCGGGGCGCAAGUCCGCCGCCCGCCGCCCGGGGACCCGGCGAGGGGCGGGGGCAGCCCCGAGUCGGUCCCGAAUCUUCCCUGCUCCCAUCUCACGCUUCCCGGAAAGUUUGUCCCUUUGCACUCCGCUUGACUGCUCCCGGAGCCCCGCCGCGACGAGGGUUUUCCCACAAUUCCUGCUGGUGUGGCCAGGCCCAGAGUAUAGGAUGGGGCUCUCCUUACGAGGGCCCGUGGCAGCCAGAACUGAUACAGCACCCCUGGUCUGGGGCCACGACGCCAGCUGAGGAGGGCAAGAGUGUCUGGAGCUAUGGCUGGUGCCUCGGUGAAAGUGGCAGUGAGGGUUCGACCCUUCAAUGCCCGUGAGACCAGCCAGGAUGCCAAGUGUGUGGUCAGCAUGCAGGGUAACACCACCUCCAUCAUCAAUCCCAAACAGAGCAAGGAUGCCCCCAAAAGCUUCACCUUUGACUACUCUUACUGGUCACACACUUCGGCUGAGGACCCCCAGUUUGCAUCUCAGCAGCAGGUGUAUCGGGACAUUGGGGAAGAGAUGCUACUCCAUGCCUUUGAAGGCUACAACGUGUGCAUCUUUGCCUAUGGACAGACUGGGGCUGGGAAGUCCUAUACCAUGAUGGGGCGUCAGGAGCCAGGGCAGCAGGGCAUCGUGCCUCAGCUCUGUGAGGACCUCUUCUCUCGUGUUAAUGAGAACCAGAGCUCUCAGCUCUCCUAUUCUGUGGAGGUGAGCUAUAUGGAGAUUUAUUGCGAGCGGGUACGUGACCUUUUGAAUCCCAAGAGUCGGGGCUCUCUGAGAGUCCGGGAGCACCCCAUCCUGGGCCCCUACGUGCAGGACCUGUCUAAACUGGCUGUGACCUCCUAUGCAGAUAUUGCUGACCUCAUGGACUGCGGAAAUAAGGCACGGACUGUGGCUGCCACCAACAUGAAUGAGACCAGCAGCCGUUCCCAUGCUGUCUUCACCAUUGUCUUCACACAGCGCAGCCAUGACCAACUUACUGGGCUAGACUCAGAGAAGGUCAGUAAGAUCAGUUUGGUGGACCUUGCUGGGAGCGAGCGAGCUGACUCCUCAGGGGCCCGGGGCAUGCGCCUGAAGGAAGGUGCCAACAUCAAUAAGUCUUUGACUACUCUAGGGAAGGUGAUCUCAGCCCUUGCAGAUAUGCAAUCAAAGAAGCGGAAGUCAGAUUUUAUACCUUACCGGGAUUCAGUGCUUACCUGGCUACUCAAGGAGAAUUUGGGUGGGAAUUCACGCACAGCAAUGAUUGCAGCCCUGAGUCCCGCUGACAUCAAUUAUGAGGAGACUCUCAGCACCCUCAGGUAUGCUGACCGUACCAAGCAAAUCCGCUGCAAUGCUGUCAUUAAUGAGGACCCUAAUGCCCGGCUGAUCCGAGAGCUGCAAGAGGAGGUGGCCAGGCUUCGGGAACUGCUGAUGGCACAGGGGCUGUCAGCCUCUGCUCUGGGAGGCCUAAAAGUGGAAGAGGGGAGUCCCGGAGGUGCUCUGCCAGCCGUAUCAUCUCCCCCUGCCCCAGCUUCACCCUCCUCUCCUCCUGCACAUAACGGGGAGCUGGAGCCCUCAUUUUCUCCCAGUGCUGAGCCCCAGAUUGGGCCCGAGGAGGCCAUGGAGAGGCUGCAGGAGACAGAGAAGAUUAUUGCUGAGCUGAAUGAGACAUGGGAGGAAAAGCUUCGUAAGACAGAAGCCUUGAGGAUGGAGAGAGAAGCAUUGCUGGCUGAGAUGGGCGUGGCCGUCCGGGAGGAUGGGGGAACUGUGGGUGUCUUCUCUCCAAAGAAGACUCCCCACCUGGUGAACCUGAAUGAAGACCCGCUGAUGUCUGAAUGUCUGCUCUACCACAUCAAAGAUGGCAUCACCAGGGUCGGCCAGGUAGAUGUGGACAUCAAACUGACAGGACAGUUCAUUCGGGAACAACACUGUCUGUUCCGGAGCAUCCCUCAGCAGGAUGGAGAAGUGGUGGUCACACUGGAGCCUUGUGAAGGAGCUGAGACAUACGUCAAUGGGAAGCUUGUGACAGAACCACUGGUGCUGAAAUCAGGAAAUAGGAUUGUGAUGGGCAAGAACCAUGUCUUCCGCUUCAAUCACCCGGAGCAGGCCCGGUUAGAACGCGAACGAGGGGUCCCCCCACCCCCAGGACCACCCUCUGAGCCUGUUGACUGGAACUUUGCCCAGAAGGAACUGCUAGAGCAACAAGGCAUUGAUAUCAAACUGGAGAUGGAGAAGAGGCUUCAGGAUCUGGAGAACCAGUAUAGAAAAGAAAAGGAAGAGGCUGACCUUCUGCUGGAACAGCAGCGACUGUAUGCAGACUCUGACAGUGGGGACGACUCUGACAAGCGCUCCUGUGAAGAGAGCUGGCGGCUGAUCUCCUCCUUGCGGGAGCAGCUGCCCCCCACCACAGUCCAGACCAUCGUCAAGCGCUGUGGCCUGCCCAGCAGUGGCAAACGCAGGGCCCCUCGUAGGGUUUAUCAGAUCCCCCAGCGGCGGAGGCUGCAAGGCAAAGACCCCCGCUGGGCCACCAUGGCUGACCUGAAGAUGCAAGCAGUCAAAGAGAUCUGCUAUGAGGUGGCCUUGGCCGACUUCCGCCAUGGGCGGGCUGAGAUUGAGGCCCUGGCCGCCCUCAAGAUGAGGGAACUGUGUCGCACCUAUGGAAAGCCAGAGGGGCCUGGAGAUGCCUGGAGGGCUGUGGCCCGGGAUGUCUGGGACACAGUGGGCGAGGAGGAAUCUGGAGGAAAUGGCAGUGGCGGUGGGGAAGAGGGAGCCCGCGGGGCGGAGGUGGAGGACCUCCGGGCUCACAUAGACAAGCUGACCGGGAUUCUGCAGGAGGUGAAGCUGCAGAACAGCAGCAAGGACCGCGAGCUACAGGCCCUGCGGGACCGCAUGCUCCGCAUGGAGAGGGUCAUCCCCCUGACCCAGGAUCAUGAGGAUGAGAAUGAAGAAGCCAGUGAGGUCUCCUGGGCCCCACCUGAAGGAUCAAAUGCAGUAGAGGAGGCAGCGCCCAGUGACCGCUCACCUUCCGGCCGUCCCCCUUCACCACCCUUGUCCAGCUGGGAGCGGGUGUCACGGCUGAUGGAGGAGGAUCCUGCCUUCCGUCGUGGCCGCCUUCGCUGGCUCAAGCAGGAGCAGCUGCGCCUGCAGGGACUUCAGGGCUCUGGGGGCCGGGGWGGGGGGCUGCGCAGACCCCCAGCCCGCUUUGUGCCCCCUCACGACUGCAAGCUGCGUUUCCCCUUCAAGAGCAACCCCCAGCACCGGGAAUCCUGGCCAGGGAUGGGAAGUGGGGAGGCCCCAGCUCCACCCCAACCCCCUGAGGAGGUCACUCCCCCACCCCCAGCCACCCCUGCCCGCAGACCUCCAAGUCCCCGCAGGUCCCACCGUCCCCGCAGGAACUCCCUGGAUGGAGGGGGCCGAUCCCGGGGAGGGGGUUCCACACAGCAAGAACCCCAGCACUUCCAGCCCAAAAAGCACAAUUAUUAUCCCCAGCAGCCCCAACCUUACCCAGCCCAGCGGCCCCCAGGGCCCCGUUACCCACCRUACACUACUCCCCCGCGAAUGAGACGGCAGCGUUCAGCCCCUGACCUCAAGGAGAGUGGGGCAGCCGUGUGAGUCCCACACACUGGGCAGAGAGGGUCUGGCCAGGCCCUUGCUGGGAGAAGGGAAGAUGCAGGAAUCACUGCUUCCCCAGAAGCCCUCGGGCAGGGAGGCCCAGAGAGGACAGAGAAGGUCCGAGUAGGUGUUGUAGGAUGUGGGGUGACUGAGCUGGAGGCUGAGAGAAGGAAGAGGGCACGGAGUUGCCAGGAGCAAACCAAAGUGAAGGAAGAGCAAAUAGGAAGCUGCCUUGGGGCCACCCCUUGGAGGGGGAGUCCCACAAACGCUGCUAUGGGGGGGUGGGGGUGGGGCUGCAUAGCCAGUGUUUGACUUUCUUUUUGAGUGGGUGCAAAGUGGGGAGAGGCGCGUUCUCUUCCCCAGUCCUUGUCUGUCUGUCUGUGGUGGGUUUCUGUUUCCAGGAGGGUGUGGUGGGAUCAUAAGUCAUUCCCCUCCCCUUCCAGGCCUCCUGCUAUAUUUGGGGGACCUGUUUGGUUUGGCUGGAGUCCCAUGAGGAUGUGGGACCCCUUAAUAAAGGAUAGCAAACAGAG